AUGGUGGUUGUCAUUGUGGCAGGAGAUACUGGCAUGAUGAACAAUUUGGCAGUCCAAAGAUUGGAUCCGUUCAACGAUCACGAAUUUGUGAUAUCACACGGAACCAGAAAAAGUCUGAGUGUUUGGCUUGCAUUGACCGACGAUUGGUUCUACCUUUACCAUCCUGGCACCUCUACUGAAAUCUCAGAAGAUUAG